CAAUCAGAACAGACCGAUCCAGGAAGGAAGUGUCACCCAUUCGGGGCAGUUGUUGUUGCAAUAAAAUGAAAAGAACUUCCUUAUAAUUCAGUGCAUGUGUUUCCUCGUACAAAUGCUCUUUUGCGAAAUCUGUAAGGCGAUUUAGAGAAGGAAAGAAGAGUCUAAGAUGGGAUACAUGACAGUAGAGGAGCACAGCGGCACCCUGCUCCACCUGAAGAGGGCCCCGGGCAUUCGUUCCUGGUCUCUUCUUGUCGGUAUAGGGUCUGUUGGGUUGGCAGCUGCAUACUACAGCUCAGACAGCAUCUUGUGGAAGCUUUUCUACGUGACUGGCUGUCUGUUUGUAGCCAUGCAGAACAUGGAGGAAUGGGAGGAGGCUGUAUUCGACAAAACCAAGAACCUGAUCGAGCUCAAGAGCUGUAGCUUGUAUGCUUUGGUCCUGACGUUAUGGAGGAAGGGGCAAGAGAAAGUUGUGUUGGAUCUGACACAGCUGUGUGACAUCUGCGUCCAGGAAGAGAAGGUUCGCUAUUUGGGGAAGGGCUACCUCCUGAUACUGCGGCUGGCUGCAGGCUUCUCCUACCCCCUGACUCAGAGUGCCACACUGGGGGGACGCAGUGACGUGGAGGCAGUGGCUGCAUUGCUGAAGCGCUUCCUGGGGCUGGAAGAGCUGCAACAACGCAGGCAGCAGGAGGAAGAGGCAGAGUAUGCAGAGGAGGAGGAAGAGGAGGAGAAUUCUUUGGACAACAGCAGUGAUUCGGAUGAUGAAGCAGAUGAACUCUGAUCUUUCUGUGACUUGGAACCUUGCUGUAACUUUGGGUGGAUUGAAUUGGGGGCAUCAUGGCUUCGCAAAGAAAAAAUUACUGAGGGUGCAGUUUUAGUGAUGCCCUUACUACAUGUUAUACUGUUAGCAUGUGCAUGUAACACCAAGGAUAUACACUCUUUCCUUUCUAGUAUUUUUUUUUAUGUCAGGUGGGGUUAUGGAAGCCUAGAGAAACAUUUUAAAUGUAAUUUUCAUGUGCACUGGGAUGGAAAAAUUAUCAAAUUAAAAGUUUUGUUAUGCAAAUAUUUCAUAAUUUUGUCCAACUUUUCUAAAACAGUUGCAGGAAAAUCUUUCAUUGCACUGUAAAUGUAUCUCUCAGCAAAUGAAUAUCACGCCUUACUCUUUUUACCUAAUUACUGUUUGAGAAUACACUUUCAGAUUACAGCUUAACUGUGCCUUCCUACUGAACUCUAAUAAGUAUUUAUGUGUGUGUCAAUGGAAAAUGCUUUCCCCACAUUUUCCUGGACCACCCAGUUGAUAAUCACCUUUUGCAUGUUUUUUCAUACCCAGUGUGCAUUCCAGAUGAAUGCAUGUGCAAACCGUAAUCAAGCAUGAAUGAUUUUCAUGGCUCAGUCAAUAGCGAUUGUGUGUGAAAUGCUCUGACUUGUUGCUGUUCUGUCUUUUGACAUUUGUAUACUUUUUGUGAACCAAAGACUGAAUCUCAGGCAGAAACUUUGUGUUUGGGUCAAACUAUUUUUUUCUGAAAAGUGUUUUGAAUCAGGGCUGUGUAAUGGCUGACGGUGAAUGCCAGUGUGUUCCGUUCUGCUUGAAAGAAAAUGAGAAGUACUUUUGUAGGUUGAUUUUAUUGUUUUUUGUUUACUUUGAUACAUUUGCAGGCGUUCUAUAAAGAUGUUUUAUAUGUAAA